ACCAAAGGGCCAAGCUAUAGAUGCAGCCCCAGCUUCGUAACGAUCAGCUGAAAGAAGCGUGUGCUAGAGGUCAGUCACUGAUAAUAGUAACAGAGUACGCACAGCUACAGGUCGCUCCCAGUGUGGAAAAGCUUGAGAAGAGAAUGCAUCUUUUACUUGAGAUCCCAUUGUUUCUCCUGAUAAUCCUCUACUCCUAUUUAGAGGCAAUUGUCAAGUUUUUCAUCCCUGUAAAGAAAAAGUCUAUCUCUGGAGAAAUAGCCCUGAUUACUGGAUCUGGCCAUGGACUUGGGAGAGCCACAGCUUAUGAAUUUGCAAAACGUCAAUGCACCGUCAUUCUCUGGGAUAUCAAUAAGAAGGGUGUUGAAGAAACAGCGGAAGAAUGCAAAAGACUGGGGGCCACUGCACAUGCGUUUGUGGUGGACUGCAGCAAACGAGAGGAGAUCUAUAGAGCAGCAGACAAGGUGAAAGAAGAGAUUGGAGACGUGAGCAUCUUGAUGAAUAAUGCUGGUGUGGUAUCCCCAACAGAUGUGCUAUCGACCGAAGACCAUGACAUUCAGAAAAUGUUUGAAGUCAACAUUCUUGCUCACUACUGGACCAUCAAGGCCUUCCUACCAACAAUGAUGAAGAAGAACCAUGGCCAUAUUGUCACAGUGGCAUCUGCAGGGGGACACUUAGUGGCUCCUUUUCUUGUUGCUUACUGCUCUACCAAAUUUGCUGCUGUCGGGUUUCACAGAGCACUGACCCAAGAGCUGUCUGCACUGAGGAAGAAUGGAGUUAAAACAUCAUGUGUCUGCCCUAUGUUUAUAAAUACUGACUUUGUCAAAAACCCUUCUUCAAGAUUAAUGCCACCCAUGGAGCCUGAAGAAGUUGCAAAGCAUGUAAUAAAGGGUGUAUUAACCAACAAGAAAAUGAUUUUCAUUCCGCCACUUCUGAAAUUCAGUAUAAUGUUGGAUAGGUUCCUUCCAGUCCGUGCGGUGGCAGCUUUCCAGAAGAUGAAUGCACUGAAAUUUGAUUUUGUUGUUGGAUACAAGGAUAAGGAAACAUGACGUAAUGGAUUUCAUCUCUAUGCCUGAAUUUGCCUUCAGUUUUUUGUUAUGAUUUCUUACCUGUUUGAGUUGUUGUUGUUUUUUUAAUCAUUUCCAACCAAUGUGGCCAAUUGCAUGUUGCAUAUAAAUUAGGGACAUGUUACUGGGAGGACACUGAAUUGCAGUCCAACACACCCAACUGGGAAAAACUGACCUAACUGGUUGAGAAAUGUCCCGUGCAUGGAAUUCUUGGAUGUCAUUAUCUAUUAUUUGAACACCAUGUCUAUGCCGUAUGAAAGGGAGAGCAGAAGUUUUCUUGCCAUUGAAGUAAUUCUCUCUCUUUUACUUUAAAACACUAUUAUCCAUCUACUUUCCUCCCUGGUAUGAUCUUUCUUUUGGGAAAUGAAUGAAGCCACUCAUCUGAUCCCUUUGGAGAAAACCAUAAGAUAACACCAUGAAGCAAUGGAUAUAUUCUUAAAUCCCUUGUAAAGAACCUUUACAGCUUUCCCCUGGCUAUAUUAGAUGAUGUAAGAAUCCAUUAAAUAAACAUGUGUGAAAAAGAAA